AGUUUUUUGUUUUUGAGGGAGGGAGGGAGAGAAGCCCAAAGAUACCGGACCAUUCGAUAAGGGUCCAAGCAUCGUAUGAGCCGGUUGUCCGUGUCGUAGACAGACGUGUUUAAACCGAUGGGUGCGUGUUGUUCUUGCCGAACAUCAACCAAAAGAACGCUGAAGACCAUCCGAGUGGUUCAUUUGGAUGGUGUCCUGGAGGUCUACGAAAGUCCGACAACAGUUAACCAGGUAAUCAGUAAUCUUCCAAAACACUUCAUGUCUACUCCAGUCCAACUUAUUCAAAACGUUUUGGUACCACUCAAGCUCGACACACAGCUUGAACCAGGCAGAAUCUACUUCGUACUACCGUUUUCUAUCCUCCGGUUCAACGAAGCUCCGGGCGACUUGAUCAAUCUCGCAAAGAAGCUAACCAACGUAGCCAAAACCCACAGGCCCAGGCCCAAGCCCAAGCCAGCCCCUUCAACCCAGAUCUCACUCGGGUGCUCUAACGGUGAGAAGAAUAAUAUGAGAAACUCAACGAAAUCGUUGUCGUGGAAGCCGAUCUUGGCUACGAUUAGAGAGAUAUCGUUUAAUCGAAGAGAAUCAGAUUUACAAUCGUUUAAUCGAAGAAGUGAGAUCGAUUUACAGUCGUUUAGAAGAAAUGAGUCUGAUUUACAAGAUUAGCAUUUUGGUAUUAUUGUAUUGUUGAAUAAUAUUCUACAAAAAUUUCUAUUUUUUAUUGAAAAUGUUGCAUUC